UCUGGCUUUCUCCUUAAUCGUUUCUGUUCUUCUUCGUCCAAUCUAUUUUGGUCUUCUACUCUCAAUCUAUUUUCGUCAGCCUUGCUUCCUUUGGUUUGUCUUUCAGUUUCCACAAUGCCUACACGAAGAACACUUGAAAAAACCGUGUCGCAUGUGCUUGAACUUGUUGAUAAAGUCAGCAAGAAACCUGUGGACCCUAUCUAUGACGAAAUAAAAAAGUGGUUCGAAGAAAACAGAGACUUGUUUCCUAAACUGAAGCACUUUGAGGACGAGCUGAAGAGCAAGAUUGCCGAACUUGAACAAGCUAUCGACAAUGCUGCAUAUGAUGAUGGCAAGCGAGAUGCUGAAAUUGUUCAAGGCAUCGAUAAAUGCUUGCGGAGCAUAAAAGAUUUGAUUUCCGAAAUCAACCUUGAUAAGUACGAAGUGUCGCAACCGCGGAAAGAAGAAGCUCAAUCUGAUGGGAGGAAAAUGUCUGAUGAAUGGUUAGCUUUAGGCAUCGAGGAGAGUAUUCUUGAAUCCCCAGCAAUGGCUACUCUCGAGCUUAGCUACACUAUUCUUGAUCUUCCGCUGAAGAUGUGUUUGCUAUGCUUUGCAAUUUUUCCAGAAAAAGCCAUCAUCAUGAAGAGGCAACUGAUUUACUGGUGGAUCGGGGAGGGCUUUGUCAGGAAGACCAGGGAGAAAACCGCAGAGGAAGUGGGAGAAGAAUACUUCCAAAAGCUGAUAGACAUGGGCUUGAUAUAUCCAAAAUACAAGAAAGCUAAGCAGGAUAAAAAAGAAAGUCCAGAAAGUCCAGUCGUGGACAGCUGCACAAUGCACCCUUGGAUUCGGCGUAUGGUGAUCACAGUCGCUAAAAAGGCCGAGUUCUUUGAUCUGGAUAGGAGAGGGGCACCAACUGAUGUUUCUUCUCAAUCACGCCGCAUAUGCUUUGCAAAGGAUUUGAAGAUCAAUCAAACGGUAACUCCUCCAAAUACAGAUGAAUCGGAAGAUCAGCUGCCCUCUUUACCUUGGUUCAAUAGAGAUCAGAAAUAUCAGCUGCCCUUUGUAACUUUGUUCAAUAUAGAUCAGAAAUAUGUUGAUAUUAAAGAGGAGUGGUUUUCCAAGUUGAAUAGGGUUUCAGUUCUUCAACUGGGGAGGUGGCAGCAUGCUGCAGAUCACCAUGUCGAAGUGGAAAACCAAGAUUUCUUGAAACACUUGGGGGCUUUGACGCACCUCAAGUAUCUCAGCCUCCGAGGAAUGUCAAGAAUAACUGAGUUACCUUCUUCAGUUGUUGAUCUUGUUCUCCUCCAAAUCCUUGAUCUCAGGGCAUGUCACAAUUUGGAGAGGUUGCCUCCGGAUAUCUCAUCAUUGAGGAAGCUCACACACUUGGAUCUCUCAGAGUGUUACUUGCUCGAAAGCAUGCCCAAGGGUCUUGACAAGUUAUUUUCUCUGCAAGUGCUGAAAGGAUUUGUGAUAGAAACCUCAAGAAGAAGAUCUGGCAAGCUGAUGGAUCUUUCUCAGUUGAAGAAACUAAGGAAGCUAAGCAUAUAUAUAGGAAGCCAAGAUCUUGCUCAACAAGAAGAGCUUCAUAGCUUGAAAGAUAUUCAAAAUCUUCGGGUCCUAACAAUAACAUGGAAAGAAGUGGCAGAAGUAAAGCCAAAAGGUUCUGCACAGUCCGAGGAAGAACAUGAACGAGACGCACGGAAGUCCUUCUUAUUCCCUUCAAAAUUAGAGAAACUCGACCUUCGGUGCAUCCCUUUUAAAAAUCAACCAGAAUGGUUGAAGCCUAGCCUCUUAUUCAAUUUAAAAAGUUUAUAUAUCAGAGGAGGGAAACUCGAUGGUUUGGCUACAGAAACAAAUCAGAAGUGGAAGGUCAAGAUUCUACGUCUGAAAUAUCUGGACGACUUCCAGACGGACGAUAAAAUAUUGUUGAAAGAUUUUCCUGAUCUGAAAUAUUUUGAGAAAAUAAAGACCUUGAAAGGGGACGAAGUUUGGGGAAAAGAAUCUUAUGAAGAAGAUGAAAAGAGUGGAGAAAACAAAGCUACUGAGACAAAGCAAGAUACUCCAAUUCAGGGUGAGGAGAAGAUGAUCGGGGAGAUGAAAGCGAGCCAUAUCCAAGAAUCUAGCCAAAUUCCUAAACAAGAUGAUGACAAAGUGUUGAGCAAUGCUGUAACUCCAGAAAGCGAAACCAAGCAAGGUUGUAUCAGAUGGAUCAGAUCAUGUAGCACAUGCUUCGAACAAAACAGUGGAAAGGAGGAGGAAGAAGAAAUGACAACAGAAAAAUCUAGGGAACCUGUGAAAGGAGAUAAUAAUCAAGUGCCAAACAAAAUUGAGGGUGAAAAAGCAAGCUCCAGCAAGGUAUUAACAAAUGAACCAAAGCCUACAUCUACUAGUGUGGGUAAGGAAGAGACCAAAGCAGAUACCAAAGUUCAAGAAACCAAGACACUUGUGAAACAAGGAGAUAAUGAUCAAGUUCCCAACAAAGUUGAGGGUGAAAAAGCAAACUCCAGCAAGGGUAAGGAAGAGACCAAAGCAGAUACCAAAGUUCAAGAAACCAAGGCACUUGUCAAACAAGGAGAUAAUGAUCAAGUUCCCAACAAAGUUAAGGGUGAAAAAGCAAACUCCAGCAAGGGUAAGGAAGAGACCAAAGCAGAUACAAAAGUUCAAGAAUCCAAGGGACCUAUGAAACAAGGAGAUAACGAUCAAGUGCCAAACAAAGUUGAGGGUGAAAACCGAAGCACCAGCAAGGAAUUGACGAAUGAACCAAAUCUUACAUCUACUAUUGUGCGCAAGGAAGAGACCAAAGCAGAUACCAAAGUUGAAGAAUCCAAGGGACUUGUGAAACAAGGAGAUAAUGAUCAAGUGGUGAACAAAGUUGUGGAGGGAAGCACAAAUAAGCUCAUAUCAGAUGAAUCUCGUCUUGUUUCUCCUAUUGUGAAUGAAUAGAGGAACGAGGGAGAUUGUAAAGCUGAACUGACAUAGGAGAGAUUUGUGAAAUAAGGAGAUUCAUAUCCACAAGACGUAAUAAAGAACACUUGAAGUUUGGGAAUUUUAAAGUCUACUUACUUUCUAUUUGAUGCAAUAAGUUGGAGAUGGAAUACUUGUCAGGAAUUUUUUUUAACAUAUAUUAUAUUCUAACAUGGUAUCAAAUUUGAUAUAUUAAUUAAUUGAUUGUACCGGUAUGGGAUUCUUUUAUAAACAAUGUCGUGUUAUGGAUGUAUUUAGAAUUUAUUUGGAUCAUA